AUGGCACCCACACUGCCCCCGUUUGCGCCGUUCCCAGAAGCCCCAUGGAGAGAUCACAUCGUCCCCGAGGAGUGGGAGGCCUGUCUUUCGCUCUGGCUCGCUCUGGCCGAAGCCCACUUGGCUCUACCGACGUCUGACUUUGAAAGGCUGUCAGCCAAGGACGAGUCCAUUUCAGCAUUCCUGUCGCCAUUCGUGAAGGAAAUUGCUGCCUCGGGGAUUACUAUCUUAGGUUCUUCACCAACAGCAUCAUCUUUACUUCGGCAGAGCUACGCCUUGGCAACUCGUCUUCUGAGGUCUAGUAAUGUGCUGCCUAAUCUAUUGCAGUGGCCAUUCUUAUCCGACUUCAGCAAAGCUUAUGGCAAGAAAAGGGUAUCCGUCGUGUUAUCUGACGUUUUCAAAAGUCACACUCUGGUUUUGGAGACAUCGCUUCAUGGGCUGAAGAAGUCUCUUAUUCUGGCCCUAGAUUCAGGAAUCAAAGGCGAUCUCAGGAUACCAGAAGCUCAUCUGAAGCGUCUUAAUCACCUGAUCCACGCCUCACCUGACACGGCAGCUUUAUUCUUAGCAGGGAGCGACUUUCUCGACGGUCUAAUAAGCUGUUAUAAGAUCAUGAAUCCACCGUUACGAAAGGCUAUCAUCACUACCGCAUAUUUGUGUCUCAUAGGUAUCACUGAGGGAGAACCGCCCAAGUAUACCAUUCUCUCAGACCAACUCUAUUCGUUAAAAGCCGCCGCCGACGCCCACAAGGCCGGCCCAACCAGUGGUAACGACUCCAUGGUCGCCGAGUUGGUCACCGUGACUCCGAUCUUGAAGCAAGUACAGCAUCGGCUAGAACAGUCCGGCUCCACCAACACGAGAAUAAAGUCCGUCAUUUCCGCACUCGAGGUUUUCAAGAAACCCGGAGGCAACGUUCGGCCAAAGAAGCCCAUUAAGCGCAAGAUUGAUAAAGGAAAGGGGGUCAUGACGGAGGAAGAUGAUGACGAAAUUGGCCAGCUCCGUGUUCACAGGAUGAGCCAAAUUUCUCAGAUUCAGGAUCUCUUUCCCGAUCUUGGAUCUGGCUUCAUCUCUAAACUCCUAGAUGAGUACCAGGACAGUUCUGAACAAGUAAUUGCACAUCUACUUGAGGAUGAUCUGCCGCCGCAACUGGCACAGGCAGAUCGUACCAAAGAACUGUCGCCUGAAAGGACUAGACGACGGAGAAGUAGCUUGGCACCGCGGUCGACGCCACCUCAGGUGCCAGUACGUCACAACGUUUUUGACGAUGAUGAGUUUGAUCAACUCGCAGUUGAUGUCUCCAACUUGCACUUUGGCAAGAGGCACCAGGAUAGGACGGCGGAUGAUGUCUUGAAAGAUCGAUCAACUGCACCAAAUAAGGCCGCGAUUCUAUCUGCACUCUCUCUGUUUGACGCUGACGACGAUGAGAGAGACGACACGUACGACGCGGCUGACGCUGGUUUCACGGUCAAUGAUGCGCUGGCUGAUGAUGCCGACGAUCAGAAGCGCAAGGACGUCAACGAAGAAACCCUGUUCAAGGCUUAUCAAACGGACUCAAAGCUGUUCAACAGAGAUUCCGACACUCGAAGAAGCAAUUACCGGACGAAGCUGAAGCAGGAUACGGGCAUGACCGAUGAAGCUAUUGAAGGCUGGGCCGUGAUGCUGAGCCGCAAUCCGCAGCAGCUGAAGUCUUUGGAGAUGAAGUACAGCGCGGCGAACUCCUUCAGAGGCAACCAACCGACACUUGCACCGACUGCAUGGAGGGCAAGCCCGGCUGGAUCAGGGACUGAGGAUUCCGGCGCAGAAGCCAGUGGCUCCAAUGCCAGAGGUGGCUUCCGUGGACGAGGCAGAGGAAGAGGACGCGGAGGCGGCCGUGGAGGCAAUGUCGCUGGUCCAACGGGCGAGAAGGGGACUGAGUCCGCCCGGCGAAACAAGGAGGCCAAUAAGUCCUCGCGAGCAAAUCACAACCGCCGUGCUGGGCGCGCAAAGAAAAUGGCGCAAGUCGGCCUUCCUGGUUGA